AGUUGGAGAACUAAAGACAGAGAGAACAGCAAAUCAAUGGGAAGAUCCAAAAUAUUUCAUUUCUUAAUCUUCUUCUGUAUAUGUCUUGUCACCAUAGCCCUUCCUCAACCUGAUCAAAAUGAAAGAAAGCCAUACAUUGUAUACAUGGGAGCUUCUCCUGUAAAGAGGACAAUGACAUCUAUCGUUGAUCAUCACCAUAGUCUUCUUUCAGAGACCAUUGGAGAUGAAAUAUUAGCAAGAGAUUCCAAGUUGCAUAGUUAUGGAAGGAGCUUUAAUGGAUUUGUGGCAAAUCUACUACCUCAUGAAGCAAAUCAACUCUCACAGAAAGAAGGAGUCUUAUCAGUGUUCCCAAACACCAUACGACCGCUUCACACAACCAGAUCAUGGGAUUUUAUCGGAUUGCCACUGAGGAGUACACAAAGAAACAUAACAGCCGAAAGCGAUCUAAUUAUUGGCGUUCUUGAUACAGGGAUUUGGCCGGAAUCCCCUAGCUUCAAUGACAAAGGUUACGGUCCUCCUCCUACAAAAUGGAGGGGUAAAUGCUUCUUGGGUGGCAAUUUUACUGGUUGCAACAAUAAAUUGAUAGGCGCACAAUAUUCCUACAUCGCAAGUAAGCACGACCCGAAACUAUCACCGGUGGAUAACGAAGGACAUGGAACGCACACAGCUUCCACGGCGGCGGGUGUUCCGGUGAGGGGUGCAAGCGUGUACGGUAUUGCGAGAGGCACAGCUCGAGGUGGGGUGCCCUCGGCUCGCAUAGCAGCUUACAAAGUAUGUUGGGGCGGUGGUUGUUCGGAUAUGGAUCUGUUAGCCGGAUUCGACAUGGCAAUCGCCGAUGGGGUGGAUGUAAUUUCAGUGUCCAUUGGUGGAUCACCUAAGAAAUUCUUCCAGGAUUCAAUGGCGAUUGGGGCUUUUCACGCAAUGAAGAAGGGGAUCUUCACCGCUUGCUCCGGUGGUAACGACGGUCCAUAUCAGCUCACAGUACAAAACACAGCGCCGUGGAUAACAACCGUAGCUGCUUCAAGUACCGAUCGGCAGUUUGUGGCUGAUGUUAAGUUGGGAAACGGUGAAAACAUCAUGGGAAUUUCUGUAAAUACAUUUUCAUUGAGGAAGAAGAUGUAUCCGUUAAUAAGUGGUACCCUUGCAGCCAACACCACCGAAUCAUACAGAAACGCAAGUGCUUGCGACUAUGGAUCUUUAUCAGAUGAGAUGAUAAAGGGUAAAAUCGUCUUUUGUUUGGGGAAAGGCGAGCAAGAUCACACACUUUAUGACAAACAUGUGGCGGGAUUAAUUGUGUCCCGAGAGACACAUUACGAUACACCUUCUUCUUUUGUGAUCCCUGGAACUUCAGUAAAUCUCAUGGAGGGCAAAAAUAUUGAUUCCUACAUCAACUCCACCACAAUGUCGGUUGCAAUAAUACAAAAAUCAAGAGCCAUUAAGAUUGCUGAUGCACCAUUCAUUGCAUCUUUCUCUUCAAGAGGACCACAAGUGAUAACUCCCAACAUUCUUAAGCCUGAUAUUGCUGCACCUGGAUUGGGGAUAUUGGCUGCAUAUUCAAGACUAGCAAGCAUGACAGGUGAUAGAAAUUAUGACAGACGAUAUGUGGAUUUCAAGAUAGCUUCCGGAACAUCAAUGGCGGCUCCUCAUGUGGCGGCUGCUGCCGCCUAUGUCAAAUCAUUUCACCCGACUUGGUCCCCUGCUGCAAUCAAAUCAGCUCUCAUGACAACAGCAACACCAAUGAAGAUGAACAAAGAAGACAUGGAAUUGGCAUAUGGAUCGGGUCUAAUAAACCUUAAAAAAGCAAGAGACCCGGGUCUUGUAUACGACAUCAACACAAGUGGCUACAUUCGAUACCUAUGUACAGUUGGCUACAACACCACAACUCUUGGCAUACUCAUUGGUGGAAACCAACAAUAUGAUUGCAAGAAUUUUAAACCAACCAAAGGUGCAGAUGGACUAAACUACCCCUCGAUCCAUUUGCAACUUGAAACGAAUGUCACCACGUUUUCAGGAGUCUUUAAGCGGAUUGUGAAGAAUGUAGGGACACAUGAAUCGACGUAUAAAGUGGAAGUGGUGAGUCAACCGGGACUCACGGUUAGGGUUGACCCAAGUACUUUGACUUUUCAAAAAUUGAAUGAGAAAAAGUCGUUUACGGUUUAUGUGGAAGGGUUGUUUCUUCAACCGAAAGUGCAUUUGGUGUCGGGAGCGAUUGAAUGGAAGGAUGCUAAGCAUUCGGUAGUGAGUCCGGUAGUUGUAUAUAGGUAUUCGCCUCCACUAUGGAUGGAUGAAAAGAAGGUGUAGGGGCUAAUUUCACUUUGUUUUUUCUAAUUUGGAACAAUUUUAAGUGAUGAAUUUGGGAUGUGGUACUUAGUUUUUAGUGUUUAAUUUCAGAAUGGG